UUUAUGUUCACUGUAGUGUAUUUGUUCAUGUGUUCAUGUGUGUGUAGGAUGAGUGGAGGAGUGGAGACGUCGUUGUUCUUCUUGUCUCUUCCAGACCUGAAGAAGCUGCUCAGUGUCUCUCUGAGUCUUCAGGAGGACGAGGACGAACCGAGGAGCAGACAGCUGAAGAUCUGCAGGGACCUGGUACUACUGUACUCUGAUGUCCUGGUCUCUCCUGCUCUGGAUUCCUUCACUGACAUCACGGUGGUCAUGGCUAUCCCCUUUUUCCAGAAAGGCAUCCUCCAGGCGUUUGGACAGAGACACUGUCUGCAGGUGGGCUGUCCUCAGCAGGUGUCUCCAGGUGUCCUCCAGUGUUUUCUGUCCUACUCUCUGAUCACCAGACUGACUCCACGCUGGAACAAAGCAGGACGUUACCUCAUCUCUGGUAAAGACUUCCUGACCCAUAGCGGGCGUCUGAACGCUGUCAGCAUGGAGCUGACCACCACUGAUGGUCACCUGUGCCUCAACAUUGAAACCAACACAGUGCGACUUCCUCCGACGACACUCCAGGACUUUGACCUCCCUCCCUCACUGCUCAAGAGGUUCUGGUCUGACCCUGACUUUGUCCUUGACCCUUCGUCCACAGGAGGAACUGUGUGGUGUCACGUCCUGCCCAGUAUGAAGAAAGGUCAGAUCAUCACCAUCAGUCGUCAGCUGUCCGGAGAUGGACCCUUCAGAACUUACAGAGACCUGCAGAACCACUGGAACCGACUAUAUGGUUACAGACUGCCUGAGCUGGCAGAGGGAGAGGAGGUUUACUGCAGUGUUUACUUCAGACUGGUGGGAGAAAGACUCUUCACGUAUCCUCUCAGCUGUAUCCGUCUGCAGCCCGUGCAGCGCUGUCCCCGGGUCGACCUGCAGGGGGUGCUAGCCUCUUUCCUGUCUGACAUCAGGGAGCAAUUGAAGAGUGUGUGUGGUUUCCCUGCUCACCUGACCAGAAAACCCCGUUAUUGCACGACGACUCUGAACAGUCCUGCAUCGUCACAACAGCAGGUGCUGAGUGGUGAACAGGUCAACCUCACGUCCACCAGGCAUGUCCUCACCCACCCCACCCCCCCUCCUCCUCCUCCGGUGAGGUCACAGCCUCUAGUCUGGUCUCCUCUCUCCCAGCAGGACAGAGCUGAGGGGAUUCUGGGUAGUUUCACCGGUCUGACUCAAAGUCAGAGGUGUGGAGGACUGGACGUCUGGCCUUCAUCCUCCCACUCCUCCUCCUCCUUGUCCUCUUGUUUUUAUUCCUCACAAGAGUCCUUUUUCAUUUCAGAUUCAGUGACUCCUGAAUCAGCUCCUUCCCUCUCCCCCAUUCCCUCCUCCUCUUUACCACCUUUCCUCCCAGCUUCAUCACUCUUGACUGCCACCUCCUCCUCCUCUUCCUCCUUUCUUCCAUUCUUCCAGCCAGCUUCAUCCCUCACCUCCUCCUCUCUCCUCCCUCCUCCUCCUCUGCCUCCUCCUAAACUGGUUCCUAUCUUCAAGAACAAACAUCCUUCUCGUCACGUUAAUGUCACCCUGCUUCGUGCUCAGAAGCAGAGGGAGCAUCAGAGUGGAGGAGGAGGAGGAGGAGAAGGAGAGGAGAGGAGGAUGACACUACCUGCCUUCAGGAACAACACACCUGCUCCUCCUCCUCCUGGUGUGUCUCAUCCCCUCCGUCCUCCACCAAUCAUCCCGAACUUCCAGCGUUGCCCUAAACUUCUCAGCAGCAGCAACAGCGCCAUCUAUCCUCCUCCUCCUCAGCCUUCAGCUCACCCCACAGUCAAGACCCUGUCCAGCCUCAGUCCCAAACCUGGACUCGUCCUCACUCCAGAGAUGGAGAUGAAGCUCAAAUCCAUGUCCUCCUCCAAACCCAGUGUGAAGUUCAGCUCUGAUUCCAGCCGUAAACAAACAAAGCAAGAAGCUCCUGAAACGAAGCCUCCACGACCUCCGACCUCAUCUGACAUCGCCAACAGGGACACACCCCUCAGCAGCAGAGUGGUGAAGAAAAACAGAGCAGCAGCAGCAGCAAGAGACGUGGAGAAAAUGGCCAGAAACAACCAGUUGUCUAAGCUGAAAACUCUGACUCUGCUGACCUGGCUCAAAGGACGAGGAGUGGUCGUCAGCGCCAAACACAAGAAGGAGGAGCUAAUGCUGAAGGUCAUGGCCUGUUUGGCUGAAGCCUGAGACACACACACACACAAGAACACACACGACAUUGUUGAGUGAGAUCCACAGGAUGUGAUGCAGUUUUUCUUUCUUUGAAUGUGAAGCAUCACUUUGUUCAGGUUCAACAGUUCUGUUCUCUGGAGUUAUAUAUGAAUAGAUAUAUAUAUUUCAAACACAAUUUUAAAGCUUUCAUAUGAACAUUUAAUAUAAAUGAUCCGUUUCCUAUGACAGAUACAGUAUUUGUUUUUGUUUAAAUU